AUGGCCAUGGCGUCGGUUAUCUCGCCCAACCCGACAACUCAACUGACCAUGACCAGCAAGGAAUGGGUCAUACCACCGCGCCCCAAACCCGGCCGCAAGCCCGCCACCGACACCCCACCAACAAAGCGGAAGGCCCAGAACCGAGCCGCCCAGAGGGCGUUCCGCGAGAGAAGGGCGGCGAGGGUCGGCGAAUUGGAGGAGCAGUUGGAAGAGAUUCGGGAAGAGCAUGAGCGGAAGGAAAGGGAAUCCCAGGAGCGCAUCCACCAGCUCGAGGUCGAGAGCCAGGCCCUGCAGGCAAAAUGCCAGUGGUUAGAGAGCACACUGGAGAAGGAGAGGCUGGAACGGGCCCGAACAAGCAGCAUACCCUCUACGCCAACGCAGCACAAUGGGACCAACAAUCUUUCCCGUCUCGCUUCCCGCCAACCUCCACAAGAUACCGGACGACGCAGCCUUCCGAGCUCGGGCUCGGCUUCAAUCGUUGGUCCCAGGCCAAUCCCGCAGCCAUUCUCUAUAUCGCAGAUCAUCUCUCCCCUGGACCAGAUUGAUGAUACCACAGAUUUGACUUGCGGCUCGUGCGAGCCCAACGGACGCUGCGCAUGUGCAGAGGAGGUGAUGUCAAAGGCAACACUAGGCUGUGGAAAGUGCGCACUGGGGACCACCUGCACCUGCUUGGACGAGUCCCUCGAGAGCACAGGGGGUGCUCCCGACCUGAAGCGGCCGCAUCCACCCGCAUCGCCCUCCUCGAUGUCGCACGAGGAGAAGCGCCAGCGCCCAGCAGACGUCGAGUCGCCUUUGGAGACCGACUUCACGGCCAUGUUCUCCCAGAAAAAGCUUACCCGCCCAGGAUCCCCAUAUGCGCAGCCUCAACCCCAGCACCGGCAGCGAGUCACCAUCGACCCGAAGGACCAAUGCGGCUUCUGCAAGGAUGGGACAUACUGUGUGUGUGCGGAUUCAAUGCCCUUGACCGCCGAGAACGCCGAGGCUGCUCUUUCACUACCUACCCCCCAGUCCACCUCCCACCAGACACAGACGCCGCCUCCCGAGGAUGUCGGCCCUAUCCCAAUGGAAAUCACCUCGACCGGAGCUAUCAAGCUCCCAAGCUUCCAGUCGCUGUCGCAAGGGCGCAAUCCUCGCGGCCUGGCCACCGCCGCACCGCCGGCGAGAGGGAGAACCUGCGGCCCUGGCGGGCCGGGUACCUGCGCGCAGUGUCUCUCCGACCCGAAGUCGGGUCUCUUCUGCCGCUCCCUGGCGGCCAACUUCGAACGCACGCGCCCGGCGUGGUCGCAGUUGCGGCCCAUCGCCGGCGCCGACGGCGGUUGCUGCGGCAGCGGGGGUCCUGGAGGAUGCUGCAAGCUAGACCCAAACAGGGCCGGCCAAGAAAAGCCGGCGGCCGGCAGGGGAACCACUGACAGGAAGGAUGUCCGCCGCGUUGGGGCGUCGGGGCUCGGCCUCAGCCUGUCGUGCGCGGACGCGUACAAGACCCUGUCCAGUCACCGCCACUUCGGCGAGGCGGCCAACGACAUCGGCGAGUGGCUGCCCAAGCUGAGGGCCGCGCCCGCGCCGAGGGCACAUGCGGGCGUUCGUGGGAGCGUCGAGGGCCUGGCACCGAUUGAGGUCGAGGCUGCGAGUAUCAUGAGCGUGCUGAAGGGGUUUGACGUUCGGUUCGGGCACUAG